UCUUUUCCAUUAUCUUACACUCAGCCUUUUUCAAUCCAUACACACACAAACAUAUAUAUUCUCUAUAAUUUACUUCCCAUCCAAAACCCUAAUUUUUGUUUUCUGAAAUUAAAAGGAUGGGAUUACAAAGCCAGCUAAACGACGUGUCCUCAGAUUCGAUCCCUCUUCUCCUCGUAGCCAUAAUCGCCAAGUGCGUCGGUUAUCUCCGCCGUCUCCUCUCGGGUUUCCUCCACGCGAUUGGGCUGUUCCCUUGCCCUGACCAGACCGCUACCACCAUCGACGACGUCGGACUCCUGGGUUCCGGUCUUGCCACCCUAAUGGUACUCGCGGAGCAGCUCAACCUAAACAAGACUUUCUCCUACAAAUACCGCGGCGGUGCCGGGGGAGGAAAGGGCUCCGAUUGUAUCGUGUGCCUGUGCGGGCUGAGAGACGGGGAACAGGUGAGGAAACUCGAUUGCUGCCGCCACGUGUUACAUAAGGAUUGUUUUGACGGUUGGCUGGAUCAUCUCAAUUUCAAUUGCCCGCUCUGUCGAUUCCCUCUCAAAACCGAUCAUCAGCGCGUCGGUUGCACGCGUAGGCGCGUCGGUCAAGAUUUGCUCUCCUGGUUUUCUUCAGCCUGAUUCCUCCCCCCUUCUUCUUGGCGUACGAUUCUCUAUUUCAAUCAACGACUGUUUUGAGAGGGUUGUUUGGCAACUUUCUUUUCUUAGAACUAUUU